CGGGAUCCGCAGCGGCGGCCGUGGCUGAAUCUGUAGGUGAUUCAGAAGAAGCUUCCAAGUUGACUGGUACCCUGUUGGAAGGGGUGCAGAAUAUAUGGACCUCAACUUCAGCAGUUUUUGUUUUAAGUAUUCUCUGACUGGAAUAUCCUGUGUUAGCGAUGGAAACCCCCACCCACAACACUGUGCACCUGAGCGACUGGCAGAAAAGUUACUUUGCUAUUACCUCUGGCACCUGCACAGCUGGACAGAAGGCAGAUGAAUACCGUGCCAAAAUCCUGCAUAUUCAGUAUGCAUGGGCAAACUCCGAGAUCUCUCAGGUCUGUGCUGCCAACCUGUUUAAAAAAUACGCAGAGAAAUACUCUGCAAUUAUUGACUCUGACAACAUAGAGACUGGCUUGAAUAACUAUGCUGAAAACAUUUUGACUCUGGCAAAGUGUCAGCAAAAUGACAGUGACAAGUGGCAAUCUGCCUUGACAACAGAUAAUAUAUUUGAAUUAAAGUGUGUGCAAGAGAGGAUGCAGACUGGCAAAAAUUUCCAAAGCUCUCAGGUGGCACCAACAGAUGCCGGUACACUAGCUGAUAAAGGGGUCAGUUCCUCUGCUGCUCCAGGUCUUCCUAAACUCGGUAUCUUCAGCAGUGCCGGAGGGACUGAGCCCUGUGCUGGCUCAGCAAAAUGUGCAAGUCAGGGACCAGAUCUUCUUGAGCAUCCCUCGUCUUCAAAGUCUCUUCAAAGCAGUGUGCUUCCUGUGACCAGAACUCUGGAUACACUUCCUGCCUCUUCAGCCUCUUUAAACGAACAGGUUCAUCCAGGCUUCCAGGUAACUCCCCUAUUUGGAAGUAAAGAAGCAACAAGUAGCAGUUCUAUGAAAAUGUCAGGUAACUGUGGUGAUGGACAAAAUGUAUCUCUUCCCAAUCAAUCCGCUGUACCUGCAUGGUCCACAAGUUCUGGGAAAAGAAAAGCAUUUUAUGGUCUGGCUGAUGAAGGCAGCACAGCGAUUCCUAACCUCGCACCAUGCCAGGCUUCCAUUAGUAUAGAAACCAGUAGUUUUUCAGGAUAUAGGAACAGAAAUGAAGAGAGCUGUGUUUCUGGUUUUAGAACUGCAAAAGAACAGCUGUGGGUGGAUCAGCAAAAGAAACCUCAAACCCUACCCCAGCGUGCACUGGUCUCAUCAUAUGGAGGUGUAAAAAAAUCACUGGGUGCAGGCAGAUCUCGGGGUCCGUUUGGCAAGUUUGUUCCUCCAGUUCCAAAACAAGAUGGAAAUGAAAGUGGAGGAGCACAGUAUAAACCUCAUACAAGAGGACCAGCAGAUCCAUCGCUGCCUGUAGAUGAACGACUGAAAAACAUAGAACCAAAAAUGGUUGAACUCAUUAUGCACGAGAUCAUGGAUCAUGGGCCUCCUGUCAGUUGGGAUGACAUUGCCGGAGUUGAAUUUGCUAAGGCUACUAUAAAAGAAAUAGUAGUCUGGCCUAUGUUGAGGCCAGACAUCUUCACUGGGUUACGUGGUCCUCCUAAAGGAAUCCUUCUCUUUGGCCCCCCUGGGACUGGCAAGACUCUUAUAGGCAAGUGCAUUGCAUGCCAGUCUGGAGCGACUUUUUUUAGCAUCAGUGCCUCUUCACUGACUUCCAAAUGGGUCGGUGAGGGGGAGAAGAUGGUCCGUGCGCUGUUUGCUGUGGCACGAUGUCAACAGCCAGCAGUGAUUUUCAUUGAUGAAAUUGAUUCUCUGUUGUCUCAGCGUGGAGAUGGAGAGCACGAGUCAUCGAGAAGAAUAAAAACUGAAUUUCUGGUCCAGUUAGAUGGGGCAACAACCUCCUCUGAAGACCGUAUUCUAGUGGUUGGAGCAACAAAUCGACCCCAAGAAAUUGAUGAAGCUGCCCGAAGGAGACUAGUGAAGAGACUGUACAUUCCUCUUCCAGAAGCCUCAGCUAGGAAACAGAUUGUCACCUGUCUAAUGUCAAAGGAGCGCUGCUCUCUAAAUGAAGAGGAAAUUGAACUCAUAGUUAAGAAAUCAAAUGGGUUUUCUGGGGCAGACAUGACACAGCUCUGUCGUGAAGCUUCUCUGGGCCCUAUUCGCAGUCUUCAGUCCAUGGACAUUGCAACCAUCAUGCCAGACCAAGUACGGCCGAUUGCUUUUCUGGACUUCGAGAGCGCCUUCAGGACUGUGCGGCCCAGUGUCUCCUCCAGGGACCUAGAGGUGUAUGAAACCUGGAACCAGACGUUUGGCUGUGGUAGAUAAAUUGCAUUGUAACGGUUUCACAGAAACAUUUCUUUAGCGCUGACGCAUAUAAAACCUGUGAUAAUUCAGAGUACAUUUCUUUUUGUUUCUGUCUUGGAAAUAAGUCUUCUUACGUUGCACAGGCAGAUGUCUAGGCCCUGGCCUGAGGUUUUGCCAACUUAAAAGACAAUGAGAAACUGCUGGUGACAAUAUGAGAAAUUGCUGAACACAAGUAACAGAGUGAGAAGCUGACAAAAAUUACAGGUAGCUGCUGUGAAAGAUGGAUGAAUUUCGCCAGUAUUUAAGGGGAAGAUGGUCAAACCUCACGUAUCAUUGAAGGGAGUAUGGGGGGGAAUCUUGCAAGGCCCACUGCUGUAUCAGUAAUACCAUGCAAAGCUGAGCAGACCAGGUAACAUUAUCAGAAAUUCCAAUUUUGGGUAGGGAUGUAGCAAAACUGGGACUGAUGGGGUAAAGUAGUUAGGGGUGCAUUGUUUGGGAAGAGAUGGGAGCAGAGGAAGGAAAGGGUCAAGGUGGAUCUGGGAAGAACAUGCUUGGAAAAAUAGAAGGGGGGAUAAAAGGGGAUGGUCUCAUGUAAGCAGUGCUCUUGUCUGAGCCUUGUGCCACAUCACUGCAGUCUAUCCCAGCUUAUUAAAUACUUUUUCUGAU